AAUAAAAACAGUCAAACUUUUUCAGUUAUCUUUGCAAUAAUUGAUUAAUCUGUCCGCAUUUAUAAGUGAAUGCUACCUUGGUAAUCAAACUAUUGAUUAAACUUUCACCGCUUCCUAUCAUUUUAUGAAUGAGUACAAUAUUUUAAAAUUGGCGGCAAAAAUGUUGAACUUUUUAUACCACUAGCGCUGCCAACCCAUCCACCCCAAAAUCUCCAUGUCCACUUGUCAUUUUGACAGCAAACAUUGAGGUUAUGUUUAACAAUGGCAACACCAAUAAAAGACGUAAUUUUGAAAGAAAAUGCUCCAGUUGCGAUACUAUUCGACAAACACAUAGAAUUCCUACGAGAUUACGGUAAAGAUGACAACAAUGUGGAGUUCGGUAUGACGGACUACCUCCGAGUUUCCGGCAUGUACUGGGGCUUAACAGCCCUAGAACUCCUCGACCGGACACAUUCCUCACCUCAGGAAGAGAUCGUCACAUACAUUAAAAACUGCCAAGACUCGGAAACGGGCGGAAUCAGCGCGUGUUUGGGGCACGACCCACAUUUACUUCACACAUUGAGCGGCGUUCAGAUUUUAGCAAUGUAUGAUAGAUUGGACGCAAUUGAUGUCGAGGCUGUUGUGAAAUAUGUCAAAUCGUUGCAACAACCCGAUGGGAGUUUUACCGGAGACAAGUGGGGUGAAGUGGAUACAAGAUUUUCAUUUUGUGCUGUGGCAACCUUGUCUCUUCUCAAAAAACUGGACGCUGUUGAUGUUGAAAAUGCCGUGAAAUUUGUCGAAUCUUGUAUGAAUUUUGACGGGGGGUUUGGCUCGAGGCCACUAUCAGAAAGCCAUGCUGGAUUAAUUUAUUGUUGUCUUGGAUUCUUGUCAAUAACACACAGACUAGACUUGGUAAAGAGAGACGUUCUAGCAUGGUGGCUGUGUGAAAGACAGUUACCCUCAGGUGGACUCAACGGCCGGCCUGAGAAACUCCCCGAUGUUUGCUACUCAUGGUGGGUCUUAUCAUCCUUGACUAUUUUGGGGCGUCUCCACUGGAUAAGUGGCGAAAAAUUAAAAAAAUUUAUUCUGGCAUGUCAAGACACCGAAACUGGGGGCUUCGCAGACCGGCCCGGCGAUGUUCCUGAUCCUUAUCACACUCUUUUUGGCCUUGCCGCCUUGUCACUGCUCGGCCAACACGAAAUUAAAAACGUGAAUCCUACUUACUGUAUGCCACAACACGUUAUAGAUAAAAUGCAACUAUCGCCUCAAAUAUUACGUGAUUAAAAUUGAUAAAUCGGACCUUAUAUGUUAAUUUUUGGUAAAGUUUUAGUCCGCACGUGAUUUAAAUGUAUAUUGGUUUAAUUUUAAAAUAAUAAUAAAGCCGAUUUCUAAGUGA